AUGGGAGUGAUUUUCAGCUGCUGCAAUCGUAACGGUUCAAAUGAAACAGAUCCUCUCCUUCAAGGUGCACAAAAUGGAUACAACUCAAGUGCUGAUAAUGAUUAUGACGCUGUUCAACGUCAAUUGGAGCAAGAGGAGCAGAAACUUCUUGCAAGAGAACAGGAACUUACCGAAAUUGUGAAUAAUACCAACGACAAACUAAUUGAUAUAUCUAUGAUGAGCAAUAGCGGCAUUGUAGUGCAGAGUAACGACUUGGACGGUUUACUAGAUAGUGAUGGUAGGGAGCAAGACAGUAAUGCUGCUACAAUCAAAGCUGAAGAUAAUAAACUCAGAAUACUGGAUCCCUCUAAAAUAAAAACUUCUGAGCGUAUAGCAGUCAAGAAACUAAGCUCCAUGCUUUUUGAACGACUAAACUCUCAAUUACACAUCGAGCCUGUGCAAAACUUGAUAGUAACUCUGUGA